AUUGAACGGGCUGGAAUGGAUGGAAGCACACGCAAAAUAAUAGUCGACUCAAAUAUUUAUUGGCCCAAUGGGUUAACAAUCGACUUGGAUGAGCAGAAACUUUAUUGGGCAGAUGCUAAACUGAGCUUUAUCCACAGAGCCAAUUUGGAUGGUUCAUUCAGGCAAAAAGUUGUUGAAGGAGGCCUCACACAUCCAUUUGCAUUAACGCUGGCAGGAGAUGCCUUGUAUUGGACUGACUGGCAGACUCGCUCUAUCCAUGCCUGUAACAAGCGUAGUGGAGAAAAAAGAAGGGAGAUCCUUAGCGCACUUUACUCUCCGAUGGACAUACAAGUAUUUAGCCAUGAACGGCAGCCACUUUUGUUAAGCCACAGAGUGCACCAUAAAGUAAAACUAAAAUAUGAUGUUAGUAUAUCAAAUCCAUGGACACUGCAUGGUUGUGUGUACACAACGGAAGAUGCUGAACGUAUCCUGCGAGGCAUAGGGGGAGAUACCACCUUCCUUAACACCCCAUCUGUCAAAGAGUUAAAACGCAAGUAUGAAAAUCUCUCCAAACGUAUUAUUUCUUUGCGUCUUCAUAUGAUGACACUUGGUGAAUACCACAGAACACAAAAAGUUCCAAGAGGGAUGCGGUCCAACAUCCGACCUAAUCUAUUUUUUGACAAUCCUCUGUUUUGCAAAAAGUUUGAAUCCUUAUCAAACCGCUACUCCUUAGACUUUAUUUUGCUUAAUAUUGAAUACCUGCAACAGGAACUGUCUACCUUACAAUGUGAAAAAAGCGAAAUUGAGGCCGGUUUGCAAACUUUACUAUCUCCUGAAGAUCUCACCAAGUUUAUGGAGGACAUGUCCAUCCACAUGAGGAAUUUCCAAACUGAGUCUGAGGAAAACAAAAGGGUGAAAUGGUGCCGGGACGCAGAUGACUACAGGAAAGGGAAUAUCUACAACUGGCAGACCGAUAGACAACUCAAUAUGCUACAACGUGACAACAAGAGACGGAGAAAGACAAAUCAAGCCUCUUCCAAUGUGGAACAGUCUUUUUUAGAGAAGGGUCCACAGACAUCAGCGAGACGCGACGACGCAUCAGGAGAGGUGGCCGUGGACACAGGAGGGCUAGGCGGAGAACUGACAGCUUCUCAAGUGAGUGUCUUGUCCAAGGGGUUUUCAUUUUGCCCCAAUGCACCUAUUGACUGGUUUGAACUAGAAUCCAAUCUGUUUUCUUUCUUUCGACGUAUUAAGUUAAAGAUUUGGUUCCACAAGAGGAAUGUGGCUGCGAGACCCCAGAUUAGUGAUUUCACUCUGGGCUCCCUCAACCUAUUUUCAAAGAGUAACUUUGUACCUGUUAUCAAUGAGCCAUCUGUUGAUGCAUACAUCAGUGCAGUCAAAUUGGGGAUCUCUGAGCUCAGGUCUUCCUCCAAUGGAGGCCGGGCCUUCAGACAUCCCAAUUUGACUACUACUGAGAUUGAAGCCCUGGAGUCCCUUAGAUCCGACCCCACCAUAACCCUCAAACCAGCUGACAAGGGGGGUGCGGUCGUAGUAAUGGACACCACAAAAUACAUACAAGAAAUCAUGCGACAAUUAUGUGACCCUCAGGUAUACAGGAUUUUGGAUUCUGAUCCCAAAUUCAUGAUAGCGGAUAUCAUCCGCCGGUGUCUCAGGGAGGCUAAGGCCGCGGGCAUCAUCGAUGGGGGUCUUAGUGACUUUCUUGAGGUAGCGCAUCCUGUCACUCCGGUGUUGUAUGUGCUGCCCAAGAUUCACAAGACCCUCAUCGAUCCCCCGGGUCGCCCCAUUGUCUCGGGCUCAGAUUCCAUCUUCAGCGGCAUAGCCGUUUUCCUGGAUAAAGUACUGCGGGAAUUUUCCAUAGGGGGAUCAUCCUACAUACAGGACACAUCUGAUUUCUUGACUAAACUGCAAAGUGUUGAUUUAACCCAGGUGUCUUCGGUGUUACUCGCAUCAUUUGAUGUUACCUCACUGUACACGUCAAUUGCCCAUGACAAGGGUCUCAGAGCUGUGGAGAAAAUGCUGGGGACCUCGGCCUUUUCUCCUCAAGCCUCUGAAUUCAUCAUUGAAUUGCUCAAGAUUGUGUUACAGUACAACUACUUUCUCUUCAGGGACGUUUUUUACUUGCAAGAACGUGGGGUGGCCAUGGGGUCUCACGUGGCCCCCACCUCACACCCUCGGAGAAUGAUCCGGUCGUUGCCGUUCUCUCAGUUUCUCCGCGUCAAGCGUGUUGUGUCGGAUGAGAAUAAACUUGAUGCGACUCUAGAUUCCAUGGCAGCUAAGUUUCGUGACAGGGGUUAUCCCAAGCGACUGCUGGACGAACAUAUCACUCACUACUUGCAUUUUGGGGCGCCCGACCAAAUGCCAAACUCAUCCAGGUUCUUUGAUGGAACCCCCCUGGAUCUCACCGUACCUGCCCAGCCAGGUCAUGAUGUCAACACAAGAGAGCGACUUGUUACGGGUCAAAAUGGUCACUCUAUUGACCUCACUCUGACGGGUUAUUGCUUUCGCAAGGAAACCACGUUAGUCCGGCGUGUUCUUCGCCAGCAAAUACCCGGAACAGAAGAGCUCCAGCCCCUCUGGCUGGACAAAGCUGACGUUGAACUCCUUGGAGCCGUACGGAUGGAUCAAGGAGCCGAUGAUGUCCUGCUGCUUGCAAGAAGGACAGAUCUGCGAAGGAUCUCUUUAGACACCCCUGAUUUUACUGAUAUUGUACUCCGGAUUGAUGACAUAAGGCAUGCUAUUGCUAUCGACUAUGACCCAGUGGAGUCAUACAUCUAUUGGACUGAUGACGAAGUUAGAGCAAUUCGUCGUGCUUAUUUGGAUGGUUCUAGAGCACAGACAUUGGUUACAACUGACGUACAACAUCCAGAUGGAAUAGCAGUUGACUGGGUGGCCCAUAAUCUUUACUGGACGGACACAGGGACUGACCGUAUUGAAGUAACCCGCCUUAAUGGAACGUCCAGAAAAAUCUUAAUAUCUGAAAACCUGGAUGAACCAAGGGCUAUUGUCUUAAAUCCACUGACUGGUUACAUGUACUGGACAGAUUGGGGUGAAAAACCAAAGAUUGAGUCUGCUUAUUUAGAUGGAUCAGAGAGGGCAGUUCUUAUUAAUUCCUCUUUGGGUUGGCCUAAUGGAUUGGCUCUGGAUCUUCAAGAAAGCAAACUUUACUGGGGUGAUGCCAAGACAGACAAAAUAGAGGUAAUGAAUGUGGAUGGAACCAUGCGGAAAACCCUCAUUGAAGACAAGUUGCCUCAUAUAUUUGGUUUUACUCUGCUUGGAGAUUACAUCUAUUGGACGGACUGGCAAAGAAGAAGCAUUGAAAGAGUUCACAAAGUGAGGGCAAGUCGAGAAAUAAUAAUUGAUCAGCUGCCAGAUUUAAUGGGGCUUAAAGCAGCAAGUGUAACAAAUACUUUUGGCACCAAUCCUUGUGCAGAUCAAAAUGGAGGCUGCAGUCACCUAUGCUUCUUCACUCCUCGUGCCAUACGAUGCUCCUGCCCAAUGGGACUAGAAUUGCUGAGCGACAUGAAAACCUGCAUCAUUCCUGAGGCCUUUUUGGUUUUCACUAGCAGGGCCGCAAUUCACAGGAUUUCCUUAGAAACUAACAAUAAUAAUGUUGCAAUUCCACUUACGGGAGUCAAGGAGGCAUCUGCUUUGGAUUUUGAUGUGUCCGAUAAUAGGAUCUACUGGACAGAUAUUGCACUGAAGACCAUAGGCAGGGCAUUUAUGAAUGGAAGCUCUGUAGAACAUGUAAUUGAGUUUGGCCUUGAUUACCCAGAGGGAAUGGCAGUUGAUUGGAUGGGAAAAAAUCUUUAUUGGGCUGACACUGGUACCAAUCGGAUAGAAGUGUCUACUCUUGAUGGACAGUUCAGACAGGUUUUAGUGUGGAAAGAUCUCGACAACCCAAGAUCUCUUGCAUUGGAUCCAGCACAGGGUUACAUGUACUGGACAGAAUGGGGAGGAAGACCCAGGAUAGUUUGUGCCUACAUGGAUGGGACCAAUAUAAUCACUUUGGUUGACAAAUUGGGCCGUGCUAAUGAUCUAACCAUUGACUACGCUGACCAAAGACUCUAUUGGACAGACCUGGAUACUAACAUGAUCCAAUCAUCCAACAUGCUAGGCCAAGACAGGGAGAUCAUUGCUGAUGAUCUUCCUCAUCCCUUUGGACUUACACAGUACAGUGACUACAUCUACUGGACAGACUGGGACUUGUACAGCAUUGAAAGGGCAGACAAAGUGAAUGGCAAGAAUCGUACCUUGAUCCAAGGUCACUUGGAUUUUGUUAUGGACAUUCUGGUAUUCCACUCCUCUCGGCAGGAUGGCUCCAAUGAGUGUGUGCAGAACAAUGGACGUUGCAGUCAGCUCUGCCUUGCAGUACCGAAUGGAUACAGAUGUAGCUGCACCUCUCAUUACACUCUGGACUCUAACCACAGGAACUGCAGCUUGCCUUCCAGCUUCCUUCUGUUUAGCCAGAAAACAACGAUUAAUCGAAUGUUGGUAGAUGAACAGCAGAGUCCAGACAUCAUCCUGCCAAUCCAUGGCCUCAGGAAUGUCAAAGCAAGUUAUGACCCUGUAGACAAACUGAUCUACUGGGUGGAUGGGAGGCAGAAUAUCAUUAAAAGGGCUAAGGAUGAUGGUGCACAGCCUCUUGUGUUAAUAUCUCCUCCAAACCAAAGUCAAACCGUAGAAAAACAGCCACACGAUUUAAGCAUCGAUGUAUACAGCCGCACCCUGUACUGGACAUGUGAGGCCACCAACAGCAUCAACGUUAACAGGGUUACUGGAGAAUAUAUUGGCACUGUUUUGCGUGGACAGUAUGACAAGCCAAGGGCCAUUGCUUUAAAUGCAGAGAGAGGAUACAUCUACUUCACAAACAUGCAAGAAAGAUCUUCAAAGAUAGAGCGUGCAGCCUUAGAUGGGACAGAGCGAGAAGUUCUCUUCACCACAGGUCUAAUCAGGCCUAUUGCUCUAGUUGUUGACCACAAGCUGGGGAAACUGUUUUGGGUGGAUGCAGACUUGAAACGUAUAGAGAGCUCCAACUUAUCUGGAGCAAAUCGAAUUACCUUGGAAGAUUCAAACAUUCUUCAACCCAUGGGACUUUCCGUCCUGGGAGAUCAUCUUUACUGGAUUGACCGACAACAGCAGAUGAUAGAAAGAGUGGAUAAGACAAAUGGUUUGCAAAGGACAAGGAUUCAAGGCCGCAUCACCCACCUUACUGGACUUCAUGCUGUGGAGGCUCUUGAUAUAAAAGAAUUCUCUGCACACCCAUGUUCAAGGGAUAAUGGAGGCUGUUCUCAUAUCUGCAUUGCCAAAGGAGAUGGCACCCCUCGAUGUUCCUGUCCUGUGCACCUUGUCCUUUUACAAAAUCUAUUAACAUGUGGAGAGCCCCCAACUUGCUCUCCAGAGCAGUUUACAUGUGCAACUGGUGAAAUUGACUGCAUUCCCCUGUCAUGGCGUUGUGACGGUUUCUCAGAGUGUGAGGACAAGAGUGAUGAGGAGAACUGCCCGCUGUGUUCUGACAAUCAGUUCCAAUGUCAGAAAGGACAGUGUAUUGAUGCCCGUAAGAAGUGUAAUGGAGAGUAUGAUUGUCAGGACAAGUCUGAUGAACUGGACUGUGAAGCAAUCUGUCCACUUAAUAAUUUCCGCUGUGACAGUGGACAAUGCGUCACAACAAUGCAGCAGUGUGACUCUUUCCAAGAUUGUGGUGACAACUCGGAUGAUAUCAUGUGUAAACUGAAUAGUCCCCCAUCUGAGGAGGCUCCUUCACACAACAGUGCAAUACUACCAGUGAUUGGUAUUAUAUUGUCUGUCUUUGUGUUUGUUGGGGUGUACUUUGUGUGCCAGAGAGUUGUGUGUCAAAGAUACACUGGACCAAAUGGACCCUUCCCACAUGAGUACAUCAGUGGAACGCAUCAUGUUCCUCUAAACUUUAUAACAACUAUAAGUUCUCAGCCUGCUUCCUACACAGGUAUACCAUGUGGGAAGCAAAUGAACAGUUCCAUGAGUAUGAUAGGAGGCGGAAGUAGUGGUGCUCCACUUUAUGACCGGAAUCAUGUGACCGGUGCUUCUUCUAGUAGCUCUUUAAGUACCAAGGCCACCCUUUACCCACAGAUCUUGAACCCACCACCAUCACCAGCUACAGAUCGCUCCUUAUGCAAUACUGAAGUCUUUUACUCAUCUAAUAGUCCAUCCACUACCAGAUCUUACAGGCCUUAUCUUAUACGAGGCAUUGCUCCUCCAACAACACCUUGCAGCACUGAUGUUUGUGACAGCGACUAUACUAUAAGUAGAUGGAAAUCUAAUAAAUAUUACAUGGACUUAAAUUCUGAUUCAGAUCCAUACCCACCUCCUCCCACUCCCAGGAGUCAGUACAUGUCAGCUGAGGAGAGCUGUCCCCCUUCCCCAACAACUGAAAGAAGAUACUUCCACCUCUACCCUCCUCCCCCCUCACCAUGUACAGACUGUUCAUGA